UCAUCCACUUUCUAGUCUGGAUCAUGCAAAUUAGCAGCUGACUCCUGCUACUAAAUUGAAGCCAUUUGUGUCCUUGUAAUUCCAAUUCUCUUUUUAGAGAAAAAAACAGCCUUUGUUAGUGGCAGCCUAGUCAUUUAAAAAGUAAUUUUAUAGCAAAAACAGCUCUGAGAUCAGGGUACCUGUUCCAGGUGAAGUGGGAUACUUUCAUUACCAGCUAGACAGAAAGCUGUGUAAAUGUGAAACAUGUAUUGGGAGUGCAUCUCCUGCCUCGUCGGAAAGAACGGGGAGACUCAAGGAUUUUUUUGAUUAAUAGAUUUGUGUCCUUUUGAAAAGCCAAGUAGCAAGAUGCAUUUUAACUUACUGUUAAACUCUGCCUUAUGUUUAGGUUAUCUGUGAGUUUAUGAUGGCAUUGACGUACUUCCAUGGAAGAAGGACUGUCUGCUCUGUGCCAUAGCUCUGUGAUCUACGGCAGCAUAUUCUUAUUUUUUACAAAUCUGUGCAUUAAGUGGGUGUCCAAACACCACUCCAUGGCUCGUCUUACAGCAGUGUCUUGGUGUACAGUCGUGUUCUGGUCUUGGUCAGCUCCUUAAUGCACCAUUGCAUGGCUGCUUCUGUUGGGCACUGAAACAAGAGGAACUGUUUAUUCCCAGUUCUUACCAGGUUAUUCCCAGUCCUUUUCAGGUGGUUCACGUUCACCUUGGCUCUCCAGUUUCUCCUGGACAUCCUGCAGUUGUCAUGCUAAUCAUGAUUUCGAACCUACCACCUUCUGUCUACAUUUAUCAUCAUGCAACAUGGUUAUAUUUUUGUGUUGUUUUGGUGGGGUUUUUUUCCUUCUGGGCUGGUAGAAAUUAUGGACUUGCAUAUGAAGUACUAAUUGCCUGCACUCUGAAUUAAUGUGCAUUAAUGUAGACAUUGAGUUAAAUGGCUGGCCAGGACAGGUGGUAGCUAGGUAAUUUGUAAUGGUGUUUCCUUUGUUUUGGGUUUCUUUCUUUUAUUUCAAAAAUGUGAGGACUUCUGAAGUGAUGCCACAAUGUGCAAGUUUGAUCUAUUUUCAUGGCUUUUGCAUGUACCUUCUGAUAAUGUUCAUUAACUUGAUCUUUGGUUGGAUCAAUUCUCCAUGUCAUGUCAUAUUUUGUCACCUCCUACAUUAGCUUUCAGUAUUUUUAAAAUGGUUCUGUCUUCCAUUACAAGUUCAUCUGUAAAGGUUGUUUUUUUUUUUCUUUUGUAAUUAACAAGAGUCUUUAAAAGCAAUUGCCUUGGAAUGUUUCUACAUCUCUUUAGGAUUUACUUAACUCUCUCAGAUUACGGACAGUGCAUGAGUUUUACACUGUUUAUACAAAAACAUAAACUCAAGCCCGGGGCUGCGGCGAGUCCUGCCGCCGCCAUUAACAGGGCCGCGCCGUGCAGGGGGAACUACAGCUCCCGGCGGCCCCCGCGCCGCCGCGCGCAGAGAAGAUGGCGGCCGCCACGGGGCGUGCGGCGGGAGCGGCGCCGGCGGGAUACACGGGUGAGGGACAGCGCGGGGCCCCGGGAACCGGGAUACGCGGCGCUGGCGGUGAAGUUCGCGGAGCGGCAGCGCUCGCACCACUGCCUGCUGGUGAAGGAGCACCAGGUGCGGGAAGGGGCCGACACCGCGCACCCGCCUCGCCGCACCCUCUUCGUCCUGAACGUGCCCCCGUACUGCGGCCCGGACUCGUUGUCUAGGCUGUUCUCUCGCUGCGGGCAUGUGCAGUCUGUGGACAUCUGUGACAAGCCAGGGCCAGGAGAGAAAAAAGAUAAACUGGCGUCCAAAUUCUUCGAUCACAAAACUCUAAAGGGAUUUCAAGUAGCAUACGUGGUGUUCAGGAAACCAGCAGCUGUCCAGGCAGCCAAGGCUCUAUCACAGGAAGGUCCCUUGCUAAUAUCAACAGAAAGCCACCCUGUGAAAACUGGCAUUAGCAAGUGGAUCGCCAGCUACCAGGCCUCCAUCGUGGAUCCGAAGGAGCUGAAGGCUGAGGUGGAUGCCUACAUGGAAGACUAUGAUAAAAAGAUGGCAGAGGAGGAGGCCAAAGCCGCUAAGGAGGAGGGUGUUCCGGAUGAGGAGGGCUGGGUGAAGGUGACCCGCAAGGGCCGCAAGCCCGGCCUGCCCCGCACGGAGGCUGCCAACCUGCGCCUGCUGGAGAAGGAGAAACGGAAAAGGGCCCGCAAAGAGCUGCUCAACUUCUAUGCCUGGCAGCACCGCGAGAGCAAGAGAGAGCACAUUGCCCAGUUAAGGAAGAAAUUUGAGGAGGACAAGCAGAGGAUUGCACUGAUGCGAGCCCAGCGCAAGUUUCGGCCGUACUAGGUUGUGCUGAGCUGGUCUUCAGGUGACUGUGCUGGAGAGGGUAGGAGAGAUGCCUGUUGACUCCAUUUGCCAAAGGAUUUUGAGGAACUGAGGCAGCUUUGGGUUGCCUCUACCCUUGGAUCUGAAAUGGGAGAUCCCAGCAACUGCUGCUGAAGGAGAGUUCCCUUUACUUGCACCAGUAUCCUCCUGCUCUUCUGUCAUUGAGCCCCAUGGCACCACUUCUCAGGGUGUUCAGGUCAAGGGGCUGAGGCACAUCCUGUGACCACCUCUAUCUCCCUGCCACCCAAAACCACACCUCCUAAAGCUUGGUGAGAACUGGGAUUGACCUAGCACAGCCUGUGCAGGGGCAGGGAACAGCUGAAGAACUGUAAAUAAACUGCUGCUGCUGUUUUCAGAACAUGGGAAUGCUUCUCUCUCCCCUCCAGUCUCCUGUAGGAAACAGUUCCUGUGUGCUGGGGUGGCAGUAAAAAUCAUGGCUUGUAACCUGGUGCUCCUUUGCACAUUUUGUUGAAGGAAUGAGGAGUAAAGUGACUUUAGGAAAAACCUAA